GACCUGCACUCUGCUGUAGCUGCAGUCACAGCCAUAACACACUCACACGCGCGCGCAAACACGCGCGCAAACACACACACACACACACACACACACACACACACACACACACACACACACACACACACAACAAUCAUGGCGGAGAAUGAAACCCUGGAGUGUAUAACGGAGCACGAACGGAUCUUACAGGAAAUAGAGAGCACGGACACGGCUUGUGUCGGCCCCACUCUCCGGUCCAUUUACGAUGACCAGCCCAACGCCCACAAACGCUUCAUGGAAAAGCUGGACGCCAGGAUAAGGAACCAUGACCGCGAGAUUGAGAAGAUGUGCAAUUUUCACCACCAAGGUUUUGUGGACGCCAUCACGGAGCUCCUCAAAGUCCGAGCUGACGCCGAAAAACUGAUGAGUCAGGUGACAGACACUAACCGAAGACUACAGGAGGCUGGACGAGAGGUGACAGCUCAGACAGAGGAGGUGAUCCGCUGCCGCAUCCAGCAGAGGAACAUGGCCACCACUGUGGAGAAGCUGCAGCUCUGUAUCCCAGUGCUUGAAAUGUACAGCAAACUAAAGGAGCAGCUGGAAUCCAAAAGAUACUAUGCUGCCCUGAAAACCAUGGAGCAGUUGGAGAAGGUCUACAUUCCCAGGGUGAGUCACUACAGGUUCUGCCAAAUCAUGGCUGAAAACCUGCCCAGACUCAGGGAGGAGAUCAAGGAGAUCUCCAUGUCAGACCUCAAAGACUUCUUGGAAAGCAUCAGAAAACACUCCGACAAGGUUGGAGAGACCGCCAUGAGACAGGCGCAGCAGCACAGGACCUUUAACAGCGCAGUAGCCAAGCAGGCCACUUCAGGCCACUACACCAAGCCUGUGUACUCGCUCAACGGGCGGACACACACUCAUAACGGCCUCAUGAUGGAGGAGGACUCAGGAGACGAGGAAGGGGAUGAAGAGGUCCUAACAGCUCAGGACCUGGUGGACUUCUCACCUGUCUACAGGUGUUUACACAUAUACACAGUACUGGGAGACCGGGAAACAUUUGAGAACUACUACAGGAAGCAGAGGAAGAAACAGGCCCGGCUGGUGCUGCAGCCACAGUCCAACAUGCACGAGACAGUGGAAGGCUACAGAAGAUACUUCAACCAGAUUGUCGGUUUCUUUGUUGUGGAGGAUCACAUCCUUCAUGCCACGCGAGGGCUGGUGACCCGAGCCUUCACCGAUGAACUGUGGAACAUGGCGCUGUCUAAGAUCAUCGCUGUGCUCCGAACACACUCCUCAUACUGUGAUGACCCAGACCUGGUCCUGGAGCUCAAGAAUCUCAUAGUCAUCUUCGCUGACACACUACAGGGUUAUGGUUUCCCUGUAAACCGGCUGUUCGACCUGUUGUUUGAAGUCAGAGACCAGUACAACGAAACUCUGCUGAAGAAGUGGGCGCUGGUUUUCAGGGAGAUUUUCGAGCUGGACAACUACAGUCCCAUCCCCGUGGAGACGGAGGAGGAGUACAAAGUGAUCGUCAGCCGCUUUCCGUUUCAUGAUGCGGAGAUAGAGAAGCAGGAGUUCCCGAAGAAGCUGCCAAUGUCUCAGUCCGUCCCUCAGAUCUACACGCAGGUCAAAGAGUUCAUUUACGCCAGCUUAAAGUUCUCAGAGUCACUACAUCGCAGUUCAACAGAGAUCGACGACAUGUUGAGGAAAUCAACCAACCUGCUGCUGACGAGGACGCUCAGCAGCUGUCUGCAGAACCUCAUCAAGAAACCUCACAUAGGACUGACUGAGCUUGUGCAGAUCAUCAUCAACACCACCCACCUGGAGCAGGCCUGCAGGUAUCUGGAGGAGUUCAUCACGAACAUCACCAACGUCUCUCCUGAAACUGUGCACACCACAAGGCUCUACGGCCUCUCCACGUUCAAGGAUGCUCGUCACGCUGCAGAAGGAGAGAUUUACACCAAACUCAACCAGAAGAUCGAUGAGUUCAUCCAGCUCGCAGACUACGAGUGGGGCAUGGCUGAGUCAGACGGCCGUGCCUCCGGAUACCUCAUGGAUCUCAUCAACUUCCUGCGCUCCACUUUCCAGGUCUUCACACACCUCCCGGGUAAAGUGGCGCAGACCGCUUGUAUGUCGGCCUGCAAGCAUCUGUCCACGUCUCUGAUGCAGAUGCUGCUGGACACAGAACUCAAACAGAUCAGCAUGGGGGCCAUUCAGCAGUUCAACUUGGAUGUCAUUCAGUGUGAAUUGUUCGCCAGUUCAGAGCCGGUCCCUGGCUUUCAAGGAGACACACUCCAGCUGGCCUUCAUCGACCUCCGACAGCUCCUUGACCUGUUCAUGGUGUGGGAUUGGUCGACCUACCUGGCAGACUACGGCCAGCCAACCUCCAAAUACCUAAGAGUGAACCCAGCCACGGCCCUGGCUCUACUGGAGAAAGUCCACAGAGGGAUGAAGGACACCAGUAAGAAGAACAACAUCUUCUCUCAGUUCAGGAAGAACGACAGAGACAAACAGAAGCUGAUAGAGACUGUGGUCAAACAGCUGAGGAGCCUGGUCAAUGGCAUGUCCUCCUAAACACACACACACACACACACACACACACACACACACACACACACACACACACACACACACACACACACACACUCUGACUAACAGGGGCGACAGAAGUGUGUGUCACACAUAAGUAAAGAAUGAAACAUGCAUGCAGUCACAUGCACACACUGAACUGCCGAGACUCCUCCAGAGGCGACACGUCUAAUGACCCGAUAACACACACCAAGACAGUGACAUAUAAAGAACACACAGGGAAGUACACACAGUAAAGGGACAACUACACAACACAUGAAGGCCCAGCAAUACACACACUGUACAAGGCAUGCAGGGAACACACUCGCACACACACACAUGAAGUCCUGUCCUCUCCCCACUGUUAUACCUGUCUUAAUACUCCAUGUAAAUAACACACACACACACACACACACACACACACACACACACACACACACACACUCACACACACACACACGUCCAUACAGAACAGUUAACUGGACUCUUCAGGAGUGAAAUGUUUGUAGAGUAUUUUUAACGGCUGUGAUAAGACAAACUAUGUUUUGUACCUCUGUGAGAGCGUAACGAUUGCUGCAGACUGAAGCACAGGAAGAGACACGAGUACUGGAACAAUGAGGUCAAAGGUCAAUCUGACUACAGCACUGUUCAACAGCAGAGAUGGAGAUCUUUAAUGCACCGUCAUCUUCCCCUUCAGAAGUUUAAACUGUUGAAACUUCAGCCGCAGCGGUGAUGCAUGAUGUUGCAUCGUGUCUAAAUGACUAUCAAGACUUGAGAUUUGGUGACCAGAGUAUUUCGUUAGUGUCCAAAGUACAAAGAAAACUAAAUCCAGCUGAACUCAGCCUACAUCAACAGUGACAUCACUAUUAAUGAAAGCAUUUACAGAAUUUAAUUAAUAUAUUUAUAUGAUUUGAAACUCUAUUUACUUAUAAACAAUCUCAUUCAAUCACAUUUUGAUCCCACUCAUGUCCAUGAUCAUACCAUCUUGCAUGUCUUACAGCCAAAUUCCAGCAGAUCCGUCUGUGGUCCAUCUCUGAGCAGAGGAGGAGGAUAAUCCUUUAUUAAGUAAUAACAGCGGGAAAACCUCGGUCACAUGACUCCAGCUGUCCAGCGGUCCUCCUCCGUGCUGUGUUCAGAGAACGCAACAGGGGGGGUUUGACGUAUGAGAGAGCACGGAGCCAGACCGCAGCGUAUCUGAGACGGACCGGACACGGAUCUGGUGAAAGUCCUGUGUAGCACAUACCAUGUGACUUUGGUUUAUUUAUAUAAAACGGCUUUCUAAGGAUCAGAAACCUUCAGUAUGAAAGCCGCAAGACUAAAAUGCAAAUGGUCAUGUAUUAUUAUAAACUUUGCAUCAUAGGAUCAAGUCAUGAACGAGGAUCCAGAGUUUAGUUCAGACCCUGCAUCAGCUCCUUUCACACAGCCUGUGCGAGGCAGGCUCGUCUGUGUAAAACACUCAAAAGUAGAAUGGUGGAGCCAGGUCGUUCCACCUUUGAACCGGCGGCCGAGGUUAGCAUCAGAGGUGAAACGACUUCUGUGUGCACAGAGACGCCAGGAUGAAACAACACUAUUGGUUUUAGGUGGAAUAUCAGCUGAGCUUCCAGGCAGAGCUGAGGGCUGUCAGGUUUGAUCUAAGCCUGCGCCGUCAUAACACACUCACAACAUAUAUCAGACGGGUCCUCUCUCUGUUUGUCCUUCACAGCAUUUCUACAGGACUGUUGUAACUUUGGACUGUUACUAGUUCUGAUAAAGACUGAAUCUCAUUGUUCCCGUACUUGAACCGUUGUCCCUGUGUGUGCGCAUGUGCAGGAGCUAAGAGAAGCUGAGGUGAUGAAUGGAUGGCAGAAUAGAUGAAUGGAUGAUGACGUCUUGAGAGACUGAUGUUCAUGAGAAAGUGACGUUUUGUUGAGCCCCUCCAUGGUUUGCUUGCUGUUAUUUUUUGUCUGCCUCACAUCGUACAUUUAAAACAACACCGACAGUACACGACGCUCACGGCCAGUGAACGGGGUUAAACCUGGAGGGAGUGACUGGAUAUGAAGGUGACUCAAACUCAGAUUGUACUGUACAUCUUCAUUCUGUAACAACACACACACACACACACACACACACACACACACACACACACACACACACACACACACACACACACACACACACACACACACACACACACACACACACACACACACACACAUAUCAGCUGGGUUGAUGCAGGUUGUUAAAGGGAUAUUUCAGUCUUUUUGAAGUGGGGUUGUAUGAGUUUUGUGUCACCAGUAAUUGUUCUAGCCACAAUGGAAACUGCAGGAGAAACAGCAUGCAAGCUAGGCUACAGCUAUCUAAAGAUGGGGCCAAGUCUGCUCUCAUACUUUAGCUAAUUUUGAAAGACUCUGACCCGAGCACUCAUCUAGGUUUAGGUUUACAAUCUACUUAGGAUUUUUUCAGCACUUCACUUUGCCAGUGUAAGCCUGUUUUUACACUAUUUGCAGACACAACACAGACUUGCUCUUCCGUCUGCAGCUCACUGAUCGGCUGUUCAGGUCUGCAGCUUCAAAGAGACAGAAAUACAAACAAAAUGAAUAAUGAAUGAUACUAAAAGAGACGUAGACAUGCCGUUUACUGCAGACACACAUGGAGGAAGAAAGAGGAGAAACUUCUGAGCUGAACUGGAGAGCAGGAGAGAUCCCGAGUUACCUGGUGGUGCAGGUGUGUAAACUGUGAGCUACUGCCGAUGAACCGAGAAAACUACUUGCUGUCACGAGUGAGACUUGGUAACAACAGAACCUCUGGAUCUUUUGGGAAUUAAGAUAAACCAGUAGAUCAAACAGUCUCGCUUGCGUGCUCUCUCUCCCUGCAGUUUCUCAUUGAAGGAGCCGAGCUGAGCGGCAUCUGUUGUGACAUAAAACUCAAACAACCGACAUAUCCCUUUAAACUUGUAUUUAUGAGACUGCACAUGUGAAAAGCAGGGGCUUCGAUGUCCUGAUGACAGCUUUGGUUUGGAUUGUUGUCACCUGCAUUAAGCAGCCCUUAAAAAAUGAGGGUUCGCAUCUGAUGUCACAUACCAAAAAAAACAGCGGGAUAUUUGGAUACACUUGAGCACAGCAAUGGGAACGUGCUUCAGGGUUAAAGUUUGGAAACACUCAUCAAAAGUAAAUCAUCGCUUCAAGUUAUAAACCAGGAAAAGCUACAAAUGAAUCCUUCCUCUGUAAAAAUGGACAGUUCAUACGACAGCGUCACUUCAGGAGGGAUGACUACAACGUGCUAGAGAGGAGUCACAUGACUGACGGUGUAAGCAGCUCUCAAUGCCUCAUCAAACCUCAUUAUUGAACCAUGUCCUGGGUUCAUGAGAGAAAGAAUGAGAUACCCUUUAGAAAUGAUGAGCUUUAAUCUGGAUGUUUGUAGAACCACGCAAGAGUAAAUAUUGCACCGCUCACCGACAUGAUGAUGAGAUUUAGGCCAUGUAGAUGUAAGUAAUGCACGGGAUGCUUUUGUCUCUCGCCGUCCGUCAUGUGUCUCUAACCCUGCAGGUUACAAUAGUUCAUUACCAACCUUUUAUUUAUUUAUUUAUUUAUUUGAACCAUAACUCCACCUCCCUGAUCCACACACUGAGAUCUAGAUGUGAUUACAUUUUAAUCCUGCUCAUGUCCAUGAUCAUACAUCAUUCUACAGCUGCAGACAAACAUGUUCACACCAGGUAGAGGUGAGGCCCCAACACCUGCGGACCAUCUUGCAUGUCUUGCGGCCAAAUUCCUCCAGAUCCGUGUCCGGUCUGUCUCCAAUCCGUCACAGCACCAGAUCUGAUAGGUUUCUAUUCCAGUCAAUGUAUUAACUCCCACUGGAUCCCCUCCUUUGCGUUCCAGCUGCGUCUUUGAUCCGGCAGGUCCUUUUGCCGGAUACCGGAACACGACGCAUCAAUCUCAACAGAGCAGAUAGAGCGGGACAGGAAGUCAGGUUUCACCAAAACAAAAUGAAAACAUCCGGUUAAUUUUCAGAAUAAAACACUCUGAGGUUUUCAGAAGACUAUAAAGACAACAUGGAUGAGGAGAGGAGGAGGAGAUUUAUCAAUGCAGUAAUUACCACGAGAAACAUCAGUCGCAUGACUCUAGCAGUCUAGCGUUCCUGCUCCGUGCUGCGUUCUGAAAACACAACCGGUGGGUGUUGAUGGAUGAGAGAGCACGGAGCCAGACCGCAGCGGAUCAGAGACAGACCGGACACGGAUCUGGUGGAAGUCCCGUGUUAAACCUGCUGGUCUGUACUUGCAGAAGUCCUCUACAGAUUAAUAAUCCAAAGGACCUCCAGCUGUGAUGAAGGUGGUAUCAUGAAACAGUGACAUCAGUGCUGCCCUCGUCCUCUCACUCAGCACCCCGUCAGUCGUAGGGUUCGUGAUAUGCACCACAGCUCACUGACACAAACUUCAAAUAAACCUUCUGGAGUUGUUAUGUUUUUAUUGAUUAUAUAUAUACAUGCUCUAUAUUUAACAAAGUCUGAUUUGUCUUUUUGUUCCUCAGGGUGAAAUGAAGCUUUAGAAUCUCAUAACCCACACACAGUAAAUCCACAAAGCACAGCAAUAAUGAAUUGGUUCCAUGGCAGCCUCUCUGCAGGUUGAAGCUAAACUCAAAGCUGCACGCGACUCCCGAUGAUUUUAUAACGAGACUGUUUCUAUCGGCUUUACGUUCGGAGUCUGUGCUCCGCUUUCAGCAGCACUUUUGCACUGAAACUGAAGUUUUGUUUCUUUGAAGAUUGUUUUGCCUUUUUUUAAAGUUGCUUGUAAAUGCCACUGUAUAUAGUGCAUAUUUUGUAAAGAAUAUUACAGCAGUGCGUCUGCUACAAACAGAAGUGGAGGUGGACAUCGUGACAUGCACCGCUGUAGACGAAUGAGUAAAUACUAUAUCAGUAAUAAGAGUUUGAAUUUGUUGCUUCCUUGGUGAACGGCUCGACGGUGUGAGGAGCUCAGUGACUUACAUUGGUACCUUCUCUCCACUCAUUUGCAUGGUUAUCAUACAAAAAUGCUAUAUUAUGUUGAAGCAUAAACCCUGUGUAAAAUUGUGAAGUAUGUACAUACCAGUCCAAAAGAUUUCAAAUAUCUGCCUAUUUGUAUCAUCCAAAAUAAAUGACCGUUCCAAAUCA